GAUCCAGGUACCAGCUGGGAUGCACCCAAUCCACGACCUUUAUACGAUGAGAGAGUGAUAACAGGACCAUUCAGCUUAGCUGGUUUUCCAGUGCCAUCACAUUCCCCAGUGCAUAUUUUGGGAAUGGAGGUCAACCCUAGUCACAGGCAAAUCAUCCAGGCAUCCCCGCCAGCAUUCAUAAGACAACAGAAUGUGCAAGGUCCAACUCAUGACGACAACUCAAAGUUGACUCGAGAGGAGCAGCAAAUGGCUUUGAAGAAGUUAAAGAAAGGAGUCUAUGAUCCCCCUCCAAUGAAAAUAAGGCCAAAUUUAUAUUACAGACUCGACUCCAAAAACACCGUGAAAGAGAUACAAAAGGAAAAAGAAAACGACGUUAAGAGCUGUGCUGUUUGCUUAGAAGAUUUCGAGCCAAAAGAGACGGUGAUGCUUACACCAUGCGAACACAUGUUUCAUGAAGCCUGUAUUGUGCCAUGGGUGAGAAGCCAGGGCCAGUGCCCUGUGUGUAGGUUUGUACUCAGUGGGCAAAAGAGAGAGAAUAACAGGGUGAAUGUUGUAGCAGCCAACGAUCCAUUUGAAAGGGAGCUUAUAUCAGUUAUAAGGGCUAUAGAGGAGGGUACCAUAUGGGACAGUUUUGCCCGCUUAUAUCUGACAUAACCUUCUUCAAGUUUCCUACUUUUGAUAUACCGAUUCGAUCCAAGAUCUCUUAUUAAGUGAAGAUACUUUUUUGUAAAUGUAUUUAGGAACUUAUGAGCUUAUACUUGGAAAACCCAUCUCCCAAUUCCAAGAGAUUGCAAAACAAGUUGUAUUUGAUGAGGAAAUAAGUGAAAAGGUUUUUGAUCUAAAGUUUUAUGUACGCCAGUGGCUAAUAAAUUAUCAAUCUAAUAUAUAUUAAUUAUUGUAAAUGUAUUUAGGAACUUAUGAGCUUAUACUUGGAAAACCCAUCUCCCAAUUGCAAGAGAUUGCAAACCAAGUUGUAUUUGACGAGGAAAUAAGUGAAAAGGUUU